AUGAAGGAGGAUAAGUUAUUUUGCAUCUGUGGACUAAUCGUCGGGAUCGUAUUGCUAUUUUAUGUAUUGUCGCCGUAUAGUCCAACAUGCUUACUUAGAAGCUGUAUCCAUAAACAGAAUGACCAUACAGGUUUUCUGUAUGCUGUUCAAACUAAAAAAACAACUAAGUAUUUGAUGAGAUAUACGAGAGAUAAUUCAAGUAAUAUGUCUGUGCUCGUCUUCAUCCAUAUUCAGAAAACUGCCGGUACACUCCUAGAACGUCGCUUAGUUAAAGAUGGUUUAGUGGGCAAAACAUGUUACUGUUUUUUCAAAAGACGCUGUAAUUGUAAAACGCAAAGUGGUAAUACUUGGCUUGUCAGCAGAUAUUCUACAGGCUGGGUAUGUGGACUUCAUGCUGACUUAACUGAAUUAACGGAAUGUAUUGACAGCAAACUAAACAAGGUUGACCAUCAUAUUAUUAAAAGAAAGUACAUAUAUUUUACUUUGUUACGCGAUCCUGUCGAUCGUUUUAUUAGUGAAUGGCAACAUAUACGUCGCGGUGCGACAUGGCAUUCAGCUACUCUUCGAUGUAAUAAACAAUAUCCACCACCUGAACACUAUAAACCAUGUUAUUUUAAUGAAGAAAUUGUCGAAAAUAUCUCGUCAAAUGUAUCCAUUAAAUCUGUUAUAGAUUGUCCUUACAAUUUAGCAAGUAAUCGCCAAACAAGAAUGUUAGCAAACCUUUCUAGUCUAGGAUGUUAUAAGCAUUUAACGAAAUGGUCUCAACCUCUUAAUGUCACAGUAUUAACCCAUAUUCCACCAGUUUCAUUAGCUCUUUUAAACAGUGCUAAACAUAAUCUUGUCAAUAUUAUCAGUUGUUAUGGUUUAAGUGAAUACUUAAUUUAUUCUCAAUAUAUAUUACAAAAAUGUUUACAUAUUACAUUUAAACGUUCAUUUAUUGAAUUUAAUAAAAUAUCUUUUAUGAAACAAAGAUUAUUGUUUACACAUGCUACAAUAAUCCGUUCCAAUUUAAAUCAGUCUACUUUGCAUGAAAUACAACAUGUAAAUAAGCUAGAUAUUUUUCUAUACAAUUUCGCCAAACAAUUAUUUGUGUAUCGAUUAGUAAAUUAUUUAUUAUUUGAUUCAAAUAUACCGCUGCAUUUUAGACGACCUUUACACACUAUUUGGCACAAUAGACUUAGGUCUAAAUCAUAUACAUAUCUAAGCUAUUUACUGUUUUCCAAUCCUAUCAUCAACUAUCAUGAUGCUAAUAUCAGUAGCAAUGCAUUUUCAUAUCGUUUCAAUUUAUUUCUCACUAAGUUGUUCAUUCGUAAGGGUAGCAUUCCAGUAUCUGAGUCUGUUUUAACCAGUGAAGAUAAGAAAUGGAGUGAUCGACUUUCUUACGAUUUUAAAAUCUAG